GCCGGCGACCAGCCCGAGAGGCGCUCGGUGUGUAGCAGCCGCAGCAGCAGCAGCGGCGGUGGCGACCAGCGCGCCGGGCACCAGCACCAGCACCACCAGCCCAUCUGCAAGAUCUGCUUCCAGGGCGCGGAGCAGGGGGAAUUGUUAAACCCCUGCCGCUGUGAUGGGUCAGUUCGGUAUACGCAUCAGCUGUGCCUGCUGAAGUGGAUCAGCGAGAGGGGUUCCUGGACCUGUGAGCUCUGCUGUUACAGAUACCAUGUCAUAGCCAUUAAAAUGAAACAGCCUUGCCAGUGGCAAAGCAUUUCUAUAACACUGGUUGAGAAAGUUCAGAUGAUUGCUGUAAUCCUAGGAUCCCUGUUCUUAAUAGCGAGUGUGACCUGGCUCCUUUGGUCAGCCUUCAGCCCCUAUGCAGUGUGGCAGAGGAAGGACAUCCUUUUUCAAAUCUGCUAUGGAAUGUAUGGUUUUAUGGAUCUAGUGUGCAUAGGUAAGACCAUGACGUUACACAUUAACUGUCAGUAA